AUGCGCGCGACGCUCCGCCUCUUCGCGAGCGUCCGCCCGGCGGCGGCCAAGUACCUCGAGGCGGGUACGCCGACGGGGUUGACGGGCCUCUACACGCACGCAUCGCCGCGCUCGACGCUGCUAUACCUGUACACGUCAACGCUCGACAAGCUCAAGGCCGCGCCCGAGCACUCGGUCUACCGGCAGUCAGUCGAAGCAGUCACAAAGCACCGCCUGGCCAUCGUCGAGGCCGCCGUGCCCCCGGGUUACGACGAGUGGGCGGAAAAGGCGCGCAAGCUGCUCGAGGACCACCCGGAGCAGUUCAGCAUCAGGUCGAGCGCCAGCCUGACGGGCGCCGCCGCCGCGCGCGUCGAGAAGGCAGGACAAGCCUUUAUUGUCAGGCAUUUGCCCAAGGAGGUGGACAUACGGGAGCAGGAGUGGGACGGGGAGCUGGAUGAGGGCCCGGAACUGGAAGGGAGCAGGACGCUGGAGGAGAGGCAGGAUCUGAGGCUGAACUUUGAGAGGGUGGAUCUCGGCGGCCACGACAUGGUGGAGUGGGAACCGGAGCCGCAGUUGACGGCUGAUCAGAUCGAGGAGAUCGAGACUAAAAUUGGCGCUGGCCUGAUCGAGGAGGUCAUUCAGGUUGCUGAAGGGGAGCUGAAGCUUGUCGACACAAUGCUCCAAGCGAAGGUCUGGGAGCCUCUUGAGGAGCAGCCGGCGGAGGGCCAAUGGUCCUACUUUGAGCGCAAGCCCUGA